UACAGUUCGUUUGUUCUGGAUUGUUUGUUCGUUUUGUGUUUACUUCCGAGUACGAAAAUGACGAAUUACGAACGAAAAGAACGACGAGGACGUUAACGAAAACGACAACGGACGUGAACGUUAAAAGAAUCAUAUUUCGCGUGAGUUUUGGAACUUGAAGACUUUUUCGGCGGUAAAUUAAUAAGUCUAAGUAAACUUAAGCUCUCCUGUCGAACUAACAAGGAUUUCAAUUCCCAUCUAAAUCAUUUAUUGUUCCUUUUGUUCCUCUUUUGGGAAAUCCAGUUAAAAAUCCCUGAAGGUAAAGGCAUGUGCCUUGACUCAGAACCAAGUUAAAAUUCACUUAAACACGGGCGUCUCUUCCUCGUCGUCGUUGCAGUAUUUUGAGUGACGGCGGGUGUGUUGUCUAAAGUUCUCGUAAUUUGCAUCCGAUUAUUGUUUAGACAAACAUUUAAGGUUGUUGUUGGUCAAUACUCUACCAACGCUCAACGCCACUGCUACACAUUAUAGUUGAAAUAUAGAGGUGCUUCCGAGUGCAAGCAAAGGAUAUCCAUAGGCACACAAAAUAUGGCAGGAUACCUUUACAAAGUGUGUAUGGAAGUGUACAUGUGCAAUUCUCGGUAUGAUGUUCAAAAUUAGUUUAACAAUGUGCGUAGCGUAUGGCAUAAGGCUCAAAGCGGAAAGAUAUAUGCAUGCAUCCAUUGUGCGCGUGUAAUUAGUGUAAAUACCGGACAUCAAUUUUCCUACCUUUACCGUGACCAUUACCGUUACCGUGUGUUAUCGCAUUCUCGUAUAAGUAGUGUUGCUAGUUCGUGUGGUUAGGUUAUUGACGGAUGAAUGAAUCCUGCUGGCUUUCGAUUUGAUCCUUCGAUACACUGCACCGGUGCAGUUCGCAUGCAAGCGUGGUCAUUUAAAUUAGUUAGUAUAUUGGUUUUAUGGGCUAGAUUGGUUUCUAGUAAUUAGAUAUAUAUUAAAUAUCAAAUAAAGUUAUGAAAUUAAAUAAUAAUAAAAUUAUUAAAACCGUCGUCGUGGACAAGGAUUCAAAAGUUACAGUCGUGUCGUUUGGAGUACACAUCCGUUUAUUCCGAAAAGUGGGUUUAUUUUAAAUGUUUGUAUAGAGUGCGUGUGUUUGAAAAUAUGUUGAUGGAUAAGGAUUAUUAUUAUUAUCAUCAGCAAUUGAGUAAACAACGUACAAAUAUCACAAUAAACUCAAACAACAACAAAUACUGCCCCAUCAUCAUCAUCAUCAUCACCAGACUGCAAACAAAAGCAAAUUGGAAUAUCUGCAGCAGAAACCACAACAGAAACAGGAGCAAAAGCAGAAUCCAGAAUCAGCAGGAGCUAAAGCAGGAACAGCCAGAGCAGAGGACGGAACAAGUGAAUGCAAUAUAAAUAUAUAUCUCCGCAGAACACACAGGAUGUGUUUGACAAAUGGAUUAACUUUGCUGAUUCUCAUUAUUAAUGUGAAAACUUUUGUUCUGCAUCAUUCAAAAAUGUUUGUGCUAGGAGACGACUACGAAAACCUUGAACACUUGAACACAUUGGCAGCUCAAACUCAACCUGUAUUUGACUUUGGAAUGCCCAGAAAUAUCACAGCAAGGGCUGGACAAACGGCAGCAAUUAACUGUCGUGUCGAACAGCUAGGUGACAAGUCGAUAUCUUGGAUACGGAAACGAGAUCUGCAUAUACUGACAGCAGGCAUCCUAACUUACACAUCAGAUGAACGCUUUAAGGUCAUACGGACAGAAGACUCAAAGGACUGGUCCUUGCAGGUGAAAUACGCCCAGCCUCGAGAUAGCGGAAUCUAUGAGUGCCAAGUGAAUACAGAGCCAAAAAUCUCGAUGGCGUUCCGGCUAAACGUCAUAGUUACACCAGCCGAUUCGCAAGCAUUUAUAUCUGGCCCAGCUGAUUUGUAUGUGAAAGUUGGUAGUGCCAUUACAUUAACGUGUCAUGUGAAACAGCCCUCAUCACAGGACAUUGGACCAAUUCACUGGUACCGGGGACCCUACAUAAUCACACCGUUUGCCGUACAUCCCAACGAUGCGGCAAUCGAUCUAUCUCGACGCAUUUCCAUGGAAUCACAGUUAGGUGAUAUCCUUAAAUCGAGGCUGCGUAUUGCCAAUGCCCAAACAGCUGAUUCAGGGAACUACACUUGUUUGCCAACAACGGCGGAAGGAGCCAGCGUUAUGGUUCAUGUAAUCAAUGACGAGAAUCCAGCUGCGAUGCAGAAGAGCAGUGCCACGAGAAACCAAUGGCAUUGGAGUUUGAAUUUGAACACAUCGUCAAUUUUAUUCGCUCAUAUCAUGUGUUUUAUCGGAAUAAUAAAACGCUUACCACCAUCGUGAUAGUUAGAAGAUGGUGGUGGAAAAGGAGUUGAAGGAGAAGGUAGUGGGGAUGACAGCACUGCGCUUUUGUAAUAUAUGUACUAUAUUCAAUUGUUAUUUAGAUUUAAUUAGAGUUUAUAUAAACACGAAGAUAUAAUUAAAUACCUAAUAAUAAUAAUAAUUGUAAAACAACAACAACCACAACAAAAAAAGAAUACAACAA